CCCGGGCGUCUCUCUCUCUCUCUCUCUCUCUCUCCCCUCUUCUCGGUCCGCGUGCGCGUCUCUCCGCACUCUGUCUCCCGAGUGAGCUGCUGAGCCGGUAGCCGUCCUCCAGUGUCCUGACGCGUGUUUUGCCAAGGGAGAAUCAAUUUUCGGCUCGUCUCAGUCUCAUCUUCGGCUCAUCUUCGGCUCAUCUUCGGCUGCGUGCCUUGGGAGGCUGCGCUCGAACUCCCCCCUCCGGAUCCUUGUGUCCUCAGAAGCGUUGGGUGCAGGUGUGUGUGUGCGUUGGGUGCAGGUGUGUGUGCGUUGGGUGCGUCGGGCGCGUUGGGUGACUUCUCCCCCCUGGCGUAGCGCGGCAGCAGUGGAUGAGCUGGCGGUGCCCGCGUGAGGAAGGGCUCUGUGUGGCGUCGCUGGACGGGGCAGAGGUGGGCAGAGGGGAGUUGGCACUGAUACCCGGCCCCACCAGCCUGCCCUCCCACUGCGGAGCGUGGGCCGAGCAUGCCCCCCUGCGGAAAGCUAAGUUUGUGGAGAGCCCUCGCAUCCCUGUUUCAGAGCUCAGCUCUCCUACACACUCAGCCACUCAGAAUCUCAUCCUGGACACACACUCUUCUGGGGGGGUAAAUCAGCAGUUGGGCCCCCCUCCCUCAGUGGACGAGGCCUCGAACACGUUGAUGACUCGCCUCGGCUUCCUGCUGGGAGACAAAGUGAGCGACAGGCCCCAGGGGCCACAGUAUAGCAUGGAGGAGCCCGACGACGCGCAGGGUGUGUGUGGGAUCCAGAGGCUGAGUCCGUGCUCCACCCUGACCAACAGCACGGCGUCCCCCCCAGCCUGCAGCCCGUGCAGCACCCUCCCCCCCACCACUGCCGGACAACACACACUCACCAGCCCCACCUCAACGCUGGAGAGCAGAGACAGCGGGAUUAUAGCCACACUGACCAGCUACUCUGAGACUGGAGAGCGCGGAGGCGGUAAGCAUGGCGACGGUUCCCGCGGCAACAUGAAGAUGUGGCAUUCGCAGCGCUCCACGCUGGACUCGGGACUGUACCGCCUGGACGAGAACAUGGCCGCCUCCUCCUUCAGCCUCAACAAGAUCCCCGACCGCGCCCUCGACUCUGACCAUGUCUACUCCUGCUCCAGCCACACCCAACCCUACCUCACACCCCGCCCCAACUCUGUAGCUGCCACAAGUUCGGCCCACCUGGAGGACCUGGCCUACCUGGACGAGCAGAGACACGCCCCUCUCCGCACCUCCCUACGCAUGCCACGCCAAAACAACAUGGCCGCCGCACGCUCUGGACAAGACCUGAGGGUGCGCUUUGCUCCGUACCGUCUCCAAGACAUCGCUCUCAAGCCCCUCCUCUUCGAGGUGCCCAGCAUCACCAUGGAUUCGGUCUUCACAGGCCGUGAUUGGCUGUUCCAGGAGAUUGACGCCCAGCUGGGCGGACCCGACCCCUCCACCAAUCGCGGCGUGGUUGUCGUCGGCAGCAUCGGCUUCGGCAAGACGGCCAUCAUUUCCCGGCUGGUGGCGCUCAGUUGCCACGGGAACCGCAUGCGACAAAUCGCCUCCGACAGCCCGCAGGCCUCGCCCAAACAUGGGGACGGCGUGCCUCUCUCUCAGCCCCAGCCGUCUCACGGUACACUUGGGGGCAGCUGCCCCAGCACCCCCGAGAUGAGGAGGAGACAGGAGGAGUCCAUGAGGAGAUUAGCCUCUCAGGUGGUGGCGUAUCACUACUGCCAGGCGGAUAACGCCUACACGUGCCUGGUGCCUGAGUUCGUGCACAACGUGGCGGCGCUGCUGUGCCGGUCCCCUCAGCUGGGGCCCUACAGGGAGCUGCUGCUCAGGGAGCCCACGCUUCAGACCACGCUCAGCCUCCGCGCCUGCGUGCAGGAGCCCCUCGCCGCCUUCACCAGGGGAGUGCUGGAGCCCCUGGAGGCGCUGGCCAGAGAGAGGAAGAUCAACACUGAAGAGGACCUCAUCAUCCUCAUCGAUGGGCUGAAUGAGGCAGAGUUUCACAAGCCAGACUACGGCGACACCAUCGUCUCCUUCCUGGCCAAGACCAUCGGCAGCUUCCCUUCCUGGCUCAAAGUAGUGGUCACUGUCCGCACAUCCCUACAGGAGAUCACCAAGCCCCUGCCUUUCCACCGCAUCUCGCUGGACUGCCCGGAGGAGACUGACGCCAUUGACCAGGACCUGCAGGGCUACAUCCUGCACCGCAUCCACAGCAGCCCCGAGAUCCAGAGCAACAUCUCGCUCAACGGCAAGAUGGACAACGCCGCCUUCUCCAAGCUCAGCGCCCACCUCAAGGCCCUCAGCCGCGGCUCCUACCUCUACCUGAAGCUCACCUUUGACCUGAUCGAGCGGGGAUACCUGGUGCUCAAGAGCUCCAGCUACAAGGUGGUUCCAGUGAACCUGGCGGAGGUGUACCUGCUGCAGUGCAACAUGCGCUUCCCCACACAGUCUUCCUUCGAGAGGGCGCUGCCCCUCCUCAACGUCGCUCUGGCCUCCCUCCACCCGCUCCCUGACGAGCAGAUCUACCAGGCCAUCAACUCGGGCAGCCUGCGGGGAACGCUGGACUGGGAGGACUUCCAGCAGCGCGUGGACAACCUGUCGGUGUUCCUGAUGCGCCGCAGGGACGGCACGCGCAUGUUCGUGCACCCGUCGUUCCGCGAGUGGCUCAUCUGGAGGGAGGACGGCGAGAAGACCAAGUUCCUCUGCGACCCCAGGAAUGGCCACACCCUGCUAGCCUUCUGGUUCUCACGACUGGAAAACAAACUGAACCGGCAACAGACCAUCGAGCUUGGACACCAUAUACUCAAAGCACACAUAUUUAAGGGCCUAAGCAAGAAGGUUGGGGUCUCCUCGUCCGUCUUGCAGGGGCUAUGGGUUUCAUAUAGCACAGAGGGGUUGUCCACAGCGCUGUCAUCACUCCGCAAUCUCUAUACUCCCAACAUCAAGGUGUCUCGGCUGCUGAUGCUGGGCGGGGCGAACGUGAACUACCGCACGGAGGUGCUGACCAACGCGCCCGUGCUGUGUGUGCACUGCCACCUGGGCUACGGGGACAUGGUGGGACUCCUGCUGGAGUAUGGGGCCAGUGUGGACACCGCCUCCCAGAGCGGACUCACCCCGCUGGGCUUCGCCGCCGCCGCCGGGCACCUCAACAUCGUCACCUCACUGUGCCGCAGGAAGGCUAAGGUUGACCAUCUUGAUAGGAACGGUCAGUGUGCUCUGGUGCACGCUGCGCUGCGGGGACAUCUGGAGGUGGUCAAGUUCCUCAUCCAGUGCGACUGGGGCCACGGCCGAGGACAACAACAACAACAACAACAACAAGGAGGCUUCAACAAGAGCCAGGCCAUCCAGCAAGCCCUAGUGGCCGCGGCCAGCAUGGGAUAUGCAGAGAUUGUGUCCUUCCUGCUUGACCUGCCAGGGAAGGACGAGGACGACACUGAUCGGGCUCAAAUCAACAACCACGACACCCUGUGGGGGGAGACAGCUCUGACAGCAGCAGCUGGGCGGGGCCGGCUGGAGGUGUGUCGGCUGCUAUUGGAGCAGGGUGCGUCAGUGAGCCAGCCCAACCGCAGGGGCGGGGUGCCCCUCUUCGGCUGCGUACGGCAGGGACACUGGCAGGUGGUUGACCUGCUGUUGACCCAUGGGGCGGAGGCUAACCUAGCAGACAAGCAGGGCCGCACGCCUCUCAUGAUGGCAGCCUCCGAGGGACACCUGGAUACUGUGGAGUACCUGCUGGCACAGGGAGCUUCUCUCUCCCUAACAGAUAAGGAGGGGCUUACAGCCCUGAGCUGGGCGUGUCUUAAGGGCCACCUGUCUGUUGUUCGUUGUCUUGUGGAGAGGGGCGCGGCCAUGGACCACAGUGAUAAGAACGGACGCACGCCAUUGGACCUCGCCGCAUUCUACGGUGACUCGGAGGUGGUGCAGUUCCUGGUGGACCACGGUGCGCUGAUCGAGCACGUGGACUACAGCGGCAUGAGGCCUCUGGACCGGGCCGUGGGCUGCAGGAACGCCUCUGUGGUGGUGGCGCUGCUCAAGAAGGGAGCCAAGAUCGGAUGUCAGACGUUGCCGAGCCGACCACGAGGUCCUGCCACGUGGGCGAUGGCCACCUCCAAACCCGACAUCAUGAUCAUCCUGCUCAGUAAACUCAUCGAGGAGGGCGACGGCUUCUACAAGAAAGGGAAGGUGAAAGAGGCAGCGCAGCGGUACCAGUAUGCCCUGAAGAAGUUCCCCCGUGAGAGCUUCAGUGAGGACAUGAAGGCCUUCAGAGAUCUCAAAGUCUCCCUGUUCCUCAACCUGUCCCGCUGCCGUCGCAAAAUGAAUGACUUCGGGAUGGCUGAGGAGUUUGCCACCAAAGCAUUGGAGCUGAAGUCUAAAUGCUACGAGGCAUUUUAUGCCAGAGCUCGUGCCAAGAGAAGCAGCAGGCAGUUCGCUGAAGCUCUGGAGGACCUGAGGGAAGCCAUGCAUCUAAGCCCAAACAACCGUGAGAUCCAGAGACUCCUACAGCGCGUAGAGGAGGAGCACAUACUAACCACCCAAUCAGAGGAGCCGGAGAUGGCUCCGCCCCAAUUCCCGCCCCCGUCGCCACCUCCACCAGAGGGAGAGGAGGAGGAGCCUGUACUUCCUGUUCAUGUCCCGCCCCCUGAGCCGCGAUUGGACGACAUGGAGCCGGUGCAGGACCUGUUCGAGGACCAGGACUACCUGGAGCAGGAGUUGGAGAACGUGUCCAUGGGCCUGUCCAGCCUGCCAAUCAUCCAGAGCCCGCCCCCCUCCCCUGCCCACCACCACCAUCACCACCACCACGACUCCGCCUACCUGUCGGGCGGCCAGGCCUUCGACUUCCACCCGAGCCACUCCUCCAUGUCAUCCCCCACGCGGCAGAGCUACCAAUCAGCAUCGCCGCCUCCCUCCCCGACCCACCAGAACUCUCACUACCGGGCCAGCCCUCCGCACACGUCCCCGGACCAGCAGCACCCCUAUCACUUCAGCCCCCCGCCCCCCCAGGGCAUGGACUACCAGAGCCCACCGCCCUCCCCUCUCCGCCGCAAUGCCCCCUACCGCGCCAGCCCGCCGCUGGAGAGCGUCUGCAUGUACCGCUCCCAGUCGGGCUCCCCGAUCCGCUACCAGCAGCUCCAGCAGGAACCGCUCCCGCUCCCGGCCCGGCCCAAGUCCCCGCUCUCCAAGAUGGGCACCCAGCGCUCCUUCCAGCUCCAGUCGCAGGCCUCGCAGUGCUCCCAGUCCAGCCAGCUCCACCGGCUCCAGCCCGCCAUGGCCCAGAUCGUCCGCACCAACCACCAGCAGGGCAACGGGGGCUACGCCGGCCAGCUGGCGCACCCCCUCAGCAGCCGCUACCAGGGCGCUUCCAUGGACGAGAGAGGCCUGGUGGAGAGCCGGUUGGUGUACCAGCCCUCGCUGGACGGCCGGUCCAUGCCCCCCCAGGUGCAGUCCAGCCUGAGCUCGGGAGCCCUGUGCCGGGGGGUGGUGGUGCCGGAGGGGGGGAUGCUGAAGGACGAGCUGACCCCCCAGCAGCGGCCUGCCUCGGCGUACCGGCCUGGUGGAGGGGGCGGUGUGCCGGGCGGAGGGCUCCGCUUUAGUCAGACGCCGCAAAUCAUCCGCAGCCAGUCGGCGGCGUACUACCCGGUGUCCAAGCACGAGUUGGACCGGGAGCGGGUGGUAGCCGCGUCAGCGGUGCCGGUGUGCCAGCUGGGCUCCCCUGAGAUCCCGCACCUGGUGCGGCGGCCCAUCAGCGCCAGCCCCGGCGAGGUGAAGCAGCACAUGUCGGCGCCGCGGCCCCUCAUCCAUUCGCAGAGCGUCAGCAUGCGCUUCUCCCCCUCCAGCAGCAGCAUCUCCUCGGGCUCGGCCUGUAAUCUAGCCCCAGGCUUCAGGCCGGCCUCCUCCAUUAGCCAGAUGGAGAUCCCGCUGCAGGCGGCCUACGAGCGCGACGAGCUCGGCGCCAUCUCGCCCUCGCAGGGUGUGGAUGGGCGCGGCGGGGGUGGCGGAGGCGGGCUGUACGGGGGCGAGGGCAGCCGCUCGAGGAGCACGCCGUUCAUGGGCAUCAUCGACAAGACGGCUCGGACUCACCAGCCCACGCACCAGUACCUGCACCAGCCCUCGCGCGGCUGGGCCAUGACCUCUAUGGACAGCGGCCUGGGCAGCAGCGGCGCCAUCACCAGCCCCACGUCGCCCGGCAACCUCAUCCACCAGGCGUCCGUCGCCUCGGCUUCCUACAGUCCGCCCGCGUCGCUAGGCAACAUCGCCUACUACAACAAGACCAACAACGCCCAGAACGGGCACCUGCUGGAGGACGAGUACUACAGCCAAUCGCAGCCCUCCUCGCUGGGCAAGCUGGCCAACGGAAGCGCCCGCGAGCGGGACUUGCUGGAGAGGGUGAGCCAGGGACCCACCUACCAGGACGUGAAGGUGGCGCGGACCCUGCCCGUGGCACAGGCCUACCAGGAGAACAUGUACCGCCAGCUCUCCCGCGACCCGCGCCAGCCCCCCACCUCGCCCAUCAAACCAAAGAGACCCUUCGUGGAGUCCAACGUCUGACGACACACCCUCAUGGGGACCUGAGAAAGAGGCCACAUGUGUGUGUGUGUGUGGGGGGGGGGGGGGGGGGGAGAGGGGGUGUGUUUGGGAGAGAGAAAAAGGGAGGUGGGUGCGAGUGUGUAGGAGCCAGAGGGGCAAAAGGUUGUUUUGUUAUAUUUUGUUUCGUUUUGUUUACUUUUUUUUUUCCAGAGACAGAUUACAGAUGUGAAUGUUUGAGAAACAUGUCAGGCAGCGAGAGCAGAACAAUACAAUAGUCAGAACCAGAUGGUUCGGAACCCAAGAGAACACAUUGGACAGCUACAUCCGCCGGAGCUGCAGCUUCUGUAGAACUCUAGUCAAAAGCUUCUCAUCUGUGGCGUGUACAAUAGUGUACUACUGGAUACUGUAUUUAAACUACAAAACACAACCUCAUACUCUACACAGUGUGAAAGCACACAAAAACACAACAUCAGUCCAGACCUGAAGUAUUACUACUGAGAGAGAGAGAGAGAGAGAGAGAGAGAGAGAGAGAGAGAGAGAGAGAGAGAGAGAGAGAGAG